AUGGCCGAGCCAGUGUACAAUGCCUCGACGCCUCAGGGAGGCAAUCCGUUGAAAGUCGAUGUGAACCUGCAGUAUACUGGAGUCGAGUACCACUACGUCUAUAUCCUUCUCUGCACAUUUAUCGUGUUCCUCAUCCUGCCCGGCAUCGGCUUCCUGUACAGCGGCCUGGCACGAAGAAAGUCGGCAUUGGCGUUCCUCUUCCAGGCGUUCAUGGUCCUUGCAAUAACGACCUUCCAAUGGCUAUUCUGGGGGUAUUCACUCACCUAUUCCAGAGACGGUGGCCCAUUUAUCGGCACGUUGAAGGUGUUCGGCCUCAUGGACGUCAUGGUGGCGCCUUCGCCUGGGUCCGCGGUCCUCCCUGAGUUGGUCUUCUGUCUGUUCCAGCUGCUCUUCUGCGCAUGCACGGUGAUGAUCGUGAUCGGCGGCGCUUUUGAGCGCGGAAGCAUCCUGCCCUCUCUCAUUUUCGGAUUCUUCUGGGCAACGAUCGUAUACUGUCCCUUGGCUCGCUGGACCUGGAGCAGCCAAGGCUGGCUGUAUAACCUGCCCGCCAUCGACUUUGCCGGCGGCGGUCCCGUGCACAUUGCUUCGGGCUGUUCUGCCCUCGCAUACGCGGUGGUCCUGGGCAAGCGCAAGGACUACGGGGCACCUUCGUUCCGCAAGCCGCACAACGCGACCUUGGUGUUUCUGGGCACGGUGAUGAUUUGGACAGGAUGGUUGGGGUUUAAUGGCGGUUCGACGCUGAAUGCCAGCAUGCGCGCCAUUGUCGCAAUCUUCAAUACUAACACCGCGGGGUGCACGGGCAUCUUGGGAUGGGUGCUUGUCGACAUGAUCCGCAACAAGGGCAAGUUUUCACUCGUUGGCGCAUGCGAAGGCGCCAUUGCUGGUCUGGUCGGAAUCACCCCUGCCGCGGGUUGCGUUCACGUCUGGCUUGCGGCAUGUAUCGGCUUCAUCACCGCUAUAGUGUGCGCGUCAAUCCAGAACCUCAAUGACUGGAUCCGCAUCGACGAGGGGAUGGACGUGUUCAAGCUGCAUGGGAUUGGUGGCAUGGUUGGAUCUUUCUUGACGGGCAUCUUUGCCAGUGAGUCGAUCUCGGCGCUGGAUGGCGCGAGCCUGAUCUCUGGUGCGAUCGAUGGCAACGGCGUCCAAGUGGGAAAGCAGUUGGCUGAGAUCUGCGCCAUCUCGGCGUACUCCUUUGUCGUCUCGUGCAUUCUGCUGUACAUCAUGAAGUUCAUCCCCUUCAUGGGGUUGCGGGUGGACCCCGAGUCGGAGAUGGUGGGACUGGACCGGGCUCAGUUCUUCGACGAGCAGAUAGGCGACUGGUCUCUAGUGUCCGGGACGUCGCCGCUGACGCUGGUUGGAGUGUCCAAGGAACCGUCGGCAGAGAAGCAGGAGACGGAGAAGAAGUCUUGA